UCAGGCAUCAAGAUGAGUUGUAAAUGUUUGGCAUAUAUGGAAAAGAAAUCUGGGAGAUGCUGCUGAAUGAGAAAUAAAAUACAAAUCGAAAUUAGGGGACACAGAAUGGAAUGGGCCCUUUGUUUUCGGCCACUGCAGGACCCACUCGUAGACCAGGACGAAGUUCCCCGUGGUCAUUUCCAAGGCAUUGUGGACCUGCUUCCCCAGCUCUGCAUCAUCGUCGAUACAUUUCCCUUUGUGCAAGGGUUUUCUAUGUUGUUCAGCCCUUACCAUCAAGUGCGCCUGAACUUUGCCCUCAUCAUCCUAGGCUCAUUGUCCAGCGAGCAGCUGAAAGGCUUCAGAGGAUUUCCUCCCCGCAUGCCUGCUUACUCCUCUGCCCUGGGAGAUGAGGCUUCUCCAGAGGAGUGUUCUCUUCCGGGCAGCGAAGACUUGGGUCCAGAGAAGAAACUUUAAUGAACGUUGAGGUCCUCUGCGCACCGCCUGGGGAGCCGGUUUCCCCUUGCUAUGGAGGGUAAUUUUUAAGAUGAAUCCCCACCCGGAUGAGACCCUCAACCUAUCGAUACCCGCUUCCCUGGAAGACGCCGCCCUGGGCAAUGACAGCCUGGUUGGCUCGAACCGGACAAUCAGCAAUUCCAGCUUGCCGGCUCUGGAUGUCACCAGGGCCAUCUCCGUGGGGAUCGUGCUCGGCGCCUUCAUCCUCUUUGCCAUCGUGGGGAACAUCCUGGUGAUCCUCUCCGUCGCCUGCAACCGGCACCUGCGGACGCCCACCAACUACUUCAUCGUCAACCUGGCCAUCGCGGACCUGCUGCUGAGCUUCACCGUCCUGCCCUUCUCGGCCGCGCUCGAGGUGCUGGGCUACUGGGUCCUGGGGAGGGUCUUCUGUGACAUCUGGGCGGCCGUGGACGUGCUCUGCUGCACAGCGUCCAUCCUGAGCCUGUGUGCCAUCUCCAUAGACAGGUACAUCGGCGUGCGCUACUCCCUCCAGUACCCAACCCUGGUCACGAGGCGUAAAGCCAUCCUUGCCCUGCUGAGCGUCUGGGGGUUGUCCAUGGUCAUCUCCAUCGGGCCCCUGCUUGGGUGGAAGGAGCCCGCUCCCAAUGAUGAGAAGGAGUGCGGUGUCACCGAAGAACCCUUCUAUGCCCUGUUUUCAUCCUUGGGCUCCUUUUACAUUCCACUGAUCGUCAUCCUGGUGAUGUACUGCCGGGUCUAUGUGGUCGCCAAAAAGACCACCAAGAACUUGGAGGCGGGGGUGAUGAAGGAGAUGUCCGACUCCAAGGAGCUGACGUUAAGAAUCCACUACAGAAACAUACACGAGGACACCUUCAGCAGCACCAAGCCCAAGGGGCACCAUCCCAGGAACUCCAUUUCGGUCAAACUUUUCAAGUUCUCCCGGGAAAAGAAGGCGGCCAAGACCCUGGGCAUCGUGGUCGGUAUGUUUAUCUUGUGCUGGCUGCCCUUCUUCAUAGCUCUGCCACUUGGGUCCCUGUUUUCUACCCUGAAGGCCCCCGAGGCGGUCUUCAAGGUGGUCUUCUGGCUCGGCUACUUCAACAGCUGCCUCAACCCAAUCAUCUACCCCUGCUCCAGCAAGGAGUUCAAGCGCGCCUUCACCCGCAUUCUCAGGUGCCAGUGCCACCGGCGCAAGCGGCUGGGCUGGUGGGCCUACAACUACCGGACGUGGAACCGAGGCUCCUUCGAGCAAUCCCGCAAGGACUCCCUGGAUGACAGCGGGAGCUGCCUGAGUGGCAGCCAGAGGACACUGAAUUCAGCCACCCCCAGCCCCGGCUACCUGAGCAAAGUCACCCACCCGCGGGUGGAGAUGUACACUUUCCAGGAGUGGAAGACCUCCAGCACCCACCUGAGCCCUCCCCACCACGAGCCGGGGAGACCCAGGGACCCUGGACAUUUCUUCACCUUCAAGUUCCUGACAGAGCACAACGGCCAUCUGGGGCUGAGCGGCCACGGCUCCUCCAGCAAUGGGGCUUGCCAAAGCACUGGGCCCGCGCUGAAUGGCCAGGCUGGCUUCAAGAGGAAUAUGCCCCUCGGGCUGAACCAGUUUUGAGAAACAGUAGUCGUCCCCCCCCGGGUCCGACCACCCCGGCAGCUUCCCUGGCGGGACGGCGAACGGCGGGGUUGAGAGGAGGCUGACGUUCACUCUCUGUGGGAUUCUGGGGUCGAGGGAUGGUGGCGAGGGGAGUGGGGGGACAGCAGGGCCAGCCUCCUUUCAGUCCUGGUCCAGCUGCCCUGGUGAGGGGCAGGACACCUGACACGUUUCCAGGGAUGCCACAGAAAUCUGGGCACCAACCGUGGAAGAGACACGAGGACUGACUGCAAAAUAAUUCCAGCUGCUUGGAAAUGCCGUGCCCCAAUCAAUAUAUACGCAUAUGUAAAAAUAAGCAUAUAUAUGUGUAUAUUAGUAGAUAUACUGUAUGUAUAUGUGUAGGGUGAGUGUGUGUGUGUAUGUGUGUAUGUGUGUAGGAAAGUAUGUACUUUGGGGAGAGUGUGUGGAAACCUAAAAGGAAACAGGUGGCACUUUGUUUUGUGAUUUUCCUUUGUUCCUCUCAGCAGUCCACGUCACCUCUGUCAAAUCCCUCCUUGUGCGUCACUGAAUGUUGGCACUUUAGAGAAAACUGUCAAACAUUAAAAGCCAUUUCCCACGA